AUGUCUGUGGUAUCUAAAUUAGAAAAAUUGCUGGGUUUGAAUAGAUUGACACCAACAAAGUUCAUCACUAGAUAUUUACCAGCUGCCCCCGUAGGAUCCAAGAGUACAUUUGGUGGUACAUUGGUGGCGCAAUCUCUUUUGGCUUCGAUGAACACUGUACCACGUAAUUUUAUUCCAAGUUCUUUGCAUUGUUAUUUUAUUAGUGGUGGUCAUCCAGAACAAAUGAUUACUUAUGACGUUGAAAGCUUAAGGGAAGGUAGAAACUUCAUUCAUAAGGAAGUGCGUGCAUAUCAGAACCAGAAGUUGAUCUUCCAGUCGAUGAUUCUAUUUGCUGCUGGGAGACAUGACGAGCCGGAUGGUUCGAUGCUGACUCAUUUAAAGAAGAUUACUUUACCUGAUAAGAACCAAUAUACUUAUGCAGCAGAUUUAUUUAAAGAAGAAGUCGCAGGUGAUGAUUCUAAGACAAGAAUGUUUCAAGAAUUGCCGAUUGUUCAAGGAAGUGGAGGAAUGACGCAUAUUAACAAAGUAUACAAUUCGUUCAAGACACAGCCUAUGGAGUACUAUUUCCCUAAAAAUUUCUUUCAUUCAGAAAAGGAGAUUCGUAACAACGAUGUGAAUUAUUACGUGAGGAUCAGGAAGGACUCUGUUGAGACUAGAACUUCAAGCGAUUCGUAUUAUAAUGAGAACGAUCUGAUUUCACCCCAUAACGAUGAACGCUACAACUAUGCGGCAUUUGCAUAUUUAUCGGAUUCUUAUUUAUUACUGGCUUUGCCAUAUUUUUCAAACAUGCCUCUGUAUUCACACAAGUUCAGCGUAUCCCUGGAUCACAGUGUGUAUUUCCAUCAGUUGCCACAGGUAAACGAUUUAAUCUAUUUGAACAUCAAGAAUUCAAGAUCAGCAGAUCAUAGACAUCUGAUGCAAGGUGAAUAUUUCGACUCACAUACAGGAAAGAUUCUAGCCUCAGUGUCCCAAGAAGGACUGGUCAUCUACGAAUCAAUCAAGCAAUUAAAGGCCAAACUUUAA